AUGCAACGCGAUCCACAGAUUCGACCAAUGCGCCCCCCAGGCUCGUUGCCUACUAAACCGUACGGACCAGUGGACGAUACGAAGGGUAAUGCUCUCUACUGGAGACGAACGACCAUCGCGUCUUUGCGAUCUGGGCGGAUGAAAGAGAAAAAAAAAUCUUCCAGUCUUCAACGCACCGAUCCGAAUGAGGAUUUGGUCAAAAGUGGUGUGAAAUCAGUCACAGUAGCGUCAGAGGACAAGUCUGGCUGGCUCGGCCGACACAACCACCUUGUUCAUUUGACAAUGCUGGUUCACGUGACUGGCGGUGGUCACGCUAGACACGUCAUGCGUCGCAUCGCAUCACGUACCGCCGUUGAUUGCCCAGAAUCAUUCAGUUAUCCAGCAAGCAGUGUAUCGUUUACUUCCUGCAUUUCUUGA